GCUUUAUGUUUUUUUUAGGAAAAACAUUGAAUUUUUGUUUAUUGUUGCAAUGCAAGCGAAUCAAAAGUUAACAAAAAGUGCAAUUGAUACCAUUUAAGCUGUGAUCGAAAGCUAACUUGUCGUGUUGCCCUGGAAACACGUGCUACAAACAAACAAUAUCGGGAAAUCUCCCACAAACCAAAAGAGUUCUCGUCAUACCAUUAGCAAAAUGUUUCUUUUAGACAGACUACUGCCGUUUAUUUUUAGCUAUAUAAGGCCGUUUAUAAAGUGGUUCCUUCACGCCUUUACCAGGCUCUCAGAGCUCCAGAGGAUUUGCUAUGGUGCCAGAGCAGGCGCCAGCCGGACUAGCCAGGUGGAAAGGUCCCUAACUUUAUCCAAAAGACCGCAGAUUCGUCGGCUUGUACUUGACCUUGAUGAGGCGGCGCCAUAUGUGGACAACGCGGAGCUGUUGGAGUUCGCUCCUCGCGCUGCUCGUAUUGUGAUGCAAGCGAAACGUAUAAAGAACAAUGUGCAUCCGGACUUUGCGCGUCUGUUCGGCACCUGUGUGACAAGUAUUUGGGGGUACCGCCGUCUUAUGCAUCAGUUGGAGCAGCUGCGUGCGGAGAAAUACGACUCGGAUAACCUGGACCACGAGCAGAAGUUGCUGCGAUUGUGGCAACUCCUGAUGCCGGAGACUCCUCUUACCGGACGCGUGAGCAAACAGUGGCAGGACAUCGGCUUUCAGGGCGACGACCCCAAGACUGAUUUUCGUGGAAUGGGCAUGCUCGGCCUGGAGAACUUGCUUUACUUCGCCACUGCCUACAACGACGCCGCCAAGCAUGUGCUCCUGCACUCGAUGCAUCCCACCCUCGGCUAUACCUACGCCAUUGUUGGCAUUAACCUUACCUCCAUGGCCUUCAAUCUAGUUAAAACGGGCGCCGCCAAAACUCACUUCUACAAUCUGGUGGUGCAGCACAAGCAGGACUUUAGCACCGUUGAGGAUUUCCACAAGCUGUACUGCUAUCUGUUCUUUGAGUUUGACCGCUUUUGGAUGGAUAGCGACCCGCGCAACAUCAUGGACUUCCGUGAGAUCUAUCAGGCCUUUGAAAUAACAAAACUGGAGGCCUUGCACAAUGAUAGCACAAUUUUUAAGACCAACUUGGUUGUAGAAUCCGUCUAAAAAUACACAGAUAACUAUUAGUAAGAAAA